CGUGACCAAACCAGGAAGUUCGGUAGGACAAUACAAACAAACAGGACCGCGCUAAAAUAGCUCGUGCGUUUAAGUUUGUUUUAGAUCAUUUGCUUUGAAAACAUGACGGAGAUUUUGCUCAAAAUAAAAAACAGCAUAGCAGAGAAAAAGAAGACGUCAGUCAGUCAGAGCGACUUGCACAAAUGGGGUCUAAGAGGGAUCCAACUGAGACCCUACCAGCUGGAUGGGGUGCAGUGGUUCACUCAGUGCCUCACGGUCCAGCAGGGGUGCAUCUUAGGGGAUGAGAUGGGCCUGGGAAAAACCUGCCAGACGAUCUGUCUGCUGGUGCACAUGUCAGGAGCUCUCGGGAAGAAAGGUCCAUUUUUAGUUCUGAGCCCACUGUCGGUUAUGGAGAACUGGAGGACAGAGUUAGAACGCUUUGCUCCUUCUCUGACUGUGCUGUGUUACUACGGUGACAAGGAGAGACGUGCUGAGAUCCAGAGGGAAAGGAAGACGUGUGACUUCCAUGUUCUGCUCACUACAUAUGAGCUGUGUCUCAAAGAUGCGUCAUUCUUGAAGAGGUUGAAGUGGAAGGUGCUUGUAGUAGAUGAGGCUCACAGGCUAAAGAAUCAGAACUCAUUACUGCACAAAACUUUGAGAGAGUUUUCACUGGGUUUUCGAGUCCUUUUGACCGGCACACCAAUACAGAACAACCUACAGGAGCUCUACUCCCUGUUGAGCUUCAUUCAGCCCAGUAUCUUUACAGCUGAUGGAGCAGAUGAAUUUGUCAGCUCUUAUUCAGAUGUCCAAAAUCAACCUGCUCUUGCUACUGAGCUCCAGAGUGUUUUGGAGCCUUUCCUGCUCCGUAGGGUCAAAUCAGAAGUGGCUGUCGAUCUGCCCAAGAAAACUGAGCUGCUGGUGUAUCACGGCAUGUCAGCCCUGCAGAAGAAAUACUACAAAGCUGCUCUGAUGAAGGAUCUGGAUGCUUUUGGAAAUGAACAUGGAAACAGGUCCCGGCUGCUAAACGUCUUGAUGAACCUGCGAAAGUGUGUCGACCACCCAUACCUGUUUGAUGGGGUGGAGCCAGAGCCUUUUGAGAUUGGGGAGCAUCUUAUCCAAGCCAGUGGGAAACUUUGCCUUCUUGAUAGCAUCCUGGCCUACCUGCACAAAGAGGGCCAUCGUAUUCUGCUGUUCUCUCAGAUGACAAGGAUGCUGGACAUUCUUCAGGAUUACAUGGAGUACAGAGGAUAUAGCUAUGAACGUCUGGAUGGGUCUGUGCGAGGGGAAGAACGAAAUCUAGCCGUCAAGAACUUCAGCAGCAAAGAUAUAUUUGUCUUUCUACUCAGCACUAAAGCAGGGGGCGUGGGCAUGAACCUCACAGCUGCUGACACUGUGAUUUUUGUGGAUAGUGACUUCAACCCUCAAAAUGACUUGCAGGCUGCUGCUCGUUGCCAUCGCAUUGGUCAGAACAGGCCUGUAAAAGUGAUCCGGCUUCUGGCAAGAGACACUGUAGAGGAGAUCAUGUACUCUCGUGCAGUAUCCAAGCUGCAUCUCACCAACACUAUUAUUGAAGAAGGUCGCUUCUCUUUGCUGGACCAAGCUCAGUCAGCCGCUGCUGGACUCCAGCUCAGCGAGAUCUUGAAAUUUGGGGUAGAUAAGCUGUUGUCAUCGGAAGAGAGCACAGUACAGGAUGUGAAACUGGAGAAUAUCCUUGGUCUGUCACGUGACGGUCAGUGGGUGGAUGAGUUAACGUCACAAACGAUAGACGAGGAGGAAGAGGCCAGCUUUGACUCGGAUGGGCAGAAUCACAUGUACGUCUUUGAGGGGAAAGACUACAGUAAGAAUCCGAGCGCUGGUGACGAGAAGAGCUUCGAUCUUCUGUUGGAAGAGCAGCUGGCUGAGUUUCAGAAAGCAACGGGAGAGGGACGAGCUCUGCGCCACAAAGCUGGAGUUUCACUGACCGUCGGUCUGGGGAUCCAGGUGAGAAAGAGGAAACCUCUCACAGACGCUGAACUCAAGCUAAGGCGACAAAGGAGAGAAGAGGCUGCAGCCAAGAGAGCCAGGAUCCAGGAGGACUUGAAGAAGAAACAGCAGGAGCAAAAAUAUAAGAAAAAAUUGGCGUGGUGGGCAUCCUGCAAAUAUAUAUCAAAGUGCCUCCAAUCUGUGGCCAGUGAAGAUGAAGAUGAUGAUGAGGAGGAGGAUGGUAGUGUGUGCUCCACAGACUCUGACGCCACAGCUAUCCACUAUGUCCUUGGGGACGUCACCCACCCGCAUGCUGCUCAAGAAGAUGCUAUCAUUGUCCACUGUGUUGAUGAUUCAGGUCGCUGGGGAAGGGGAGGUCUUUUUACUGCUUUGGAGGUAAGAUCAGAUGAGCCACGAAAGCAGUAUGAGUUGGCUGGCAAGAUGAAAGAUCUGGACAUUGGAAAUGUGCUGCUCUUCCCCAUUGAUGACAAACAGUCCAGAUUAGUUGGCAAAGAUCAGUUGGCCUUGAUAGUGGCGCAGCAAAGAGACAAAGCCAACAACCUGUCUGGGAUCCUCCUCACUGCUCUGGAUGAAGGUCUGCAGAAGAUUCAUGCUGCAGCAAAGAGACAGAAAGCCAGUGUUCAUCUCCCCCGCAUCGGGCACUCCACCAAAGGCUUCAACUGGUACGGCACAGAGAGGCUCAUCAGGAAGCAUCUGGCCUCCAGAGGCAUCCCCACGUUCAUAUAUUAUCACAGCAGAACUGGCAAGAACAGAGCUUCGCCUCAGGCGUCUCCCUCUGCGGCUUUAAUGUCAGCCUCCUCGCCUGAAAUACACACGCGUGGCUUCGACGGGCCAACGGAUGAGGCCGAAGCGGACGUCCCGGGCUCAGCAGGACUACCCAGUUUCAUGAAAGGAGUCCGGGUGUUUUUCUACAACCUGCCUGCAUCAGAGAGGAAGACGCUGUCCCGCUACCUUAUCACUUAUGAUGGAGAUGAGGAGGAGAUCAUGAGUCCGGAGGUCACCCACAUAGUUGCAGAUCUGGAGGCCAGCAUCCACAUGCAAGAGCUCCAGGACCUCGUCUCUCGGCACACGCAGGCCGUCCCCGUGCAGAAGGCCUGGCUGGAGUCCUGCUUCUCCAAGCAACGAAAAGUCGACACCGCUCAGUUCAAACAUGAGCUCAGUUAACAUUACGACCCAUUGGUGGUAAUGCCAGUUAGUUAUAUUUCAAACCUUCAUGAACAAUGUAUUGAAAGUCAUUUUUAAAACAGUAAAUAAUUAUUGAUUUUU